GACUUGGACUACCAAGUGAAUUAUUUUUGUCCUAUACCCUAUCUGCGUCGUCCCACUUGACAGUUACAUGGAGCAAGGACGAAGCGAAGCUUGUGUUUUUCAUAUUCUCCCCGUUAUUUUAUAUUAAAAAUAAUCAAACUUUUAUUCCCAUUGACUAUUACCAAAAUAAUUUAAACUAGUGAAUUAAUUGAAAUUAAUAAUCUGUGUGCAAAAAAUUAUAACAUGAAACCGGUGGGUGGGAGGUGUGAAGGAGGAAAUAUUUUCAAUUUAUUUUGUCAUGUAAUGGAGGCCACCGACCAAGAAUCUCGGUCAAAGUAAUUUUACAUCUUCGCCAAGUGAAAGUGCAAGCAGUUUUUUAAGGUUCUUCUAGGCAUGUGCAGAAGAUAAAUAUAUUUCAAAUCCAUGGAGCGAGUAAAUCGAUGAUAAAAUUUGUGUCGAUAUAUAAACAAAUUUCCAUCAAAUUAACUUAUGAAAACAAUGUAAAUGUAAAUGUAUUUUUGUUUCAAAGAUUUUUUUUUCAACUAUCUAUAAAAUUAACCGGAUUCUGGGAUUCCGUUCCAUUGUGAAGUCAACAACAUGUCCAUGUCCAUUAACAAUAACUUCUCUCAGUUUGUUGCGAUUGUGUCGGUGUGCACAUUGUGCUAUUACAACAGCGCUUCAUGUGGCUUGGUAUUUGACGACAUCAGUGCUGUAAAGGAUAACAAGGAUUUGCGUCCAUCAACCCCACUUAAGAAUAUUUUCCUGAACGACUUUUGGGGCACGCCAAUGCGCAAAGAGCAAUCUCAUAAAUCAUAUCGCCCGUUGACUGUGUUAACUUUUCGCUGGAACUACUUGGUGCAUCAGCUGGAGCCUGCUGGUUUCCAUGUUGUAAAUGUCAUCCUGCAUGUGAUAGUGUGUAUUCUAUUUAAACGGGCAUGUAGACAACUAUGGUUAGGAAUUGUUGGAGGAGGAGGAGAGAAGCAAAUGAGUUUUGUUGCAGCACUUUUGUUUGCUGUGCAUCCAGUACACACUGAGGCAGUCACAGGUGUUGUAGGCCGAGCCGAAUUAUUGUCAUCGAUUUUCUUUCUUUUAGCAUUCCUUUGCUAUGCGAAGGCAACUAAACCAGUACGAACCACUCGAUGGCUGUCCCUAAAUUACUUUGGAGUUUGUCUACUUUGCUCAAUGCUGUGCAAGGAGCAGGGUAUUACAAUUGCUGGCAUAUGUGCAGCUUACGAAGUAUUUAUCGUUCAACAGAUUCGUCCAAUUCAGAUCUUUGAAUUUAUUAAGAAUCUAUUCGAAGAAAAGAAGAAGAAAACGUCAACAAAUCAUGAAUAUACUACACCUGGUCUCAAUGUGACUUUUAUAACUCGCCUUAUAUUUCUGGUUUCAAUAUCAUUCAUGUUGCUGGUAGGACGUCUAUAUGUGAUGGGCUCCCAGUUACCAGUGUUCACCAGGUUCGAUAACCCGGCAUCUGCAGCCGAAACGCCAUCGCGUCAGUUAACCUUUAGCUAUCUUAUCUACCUCAAUUGCUGGUUGUUGGUGUUCCCGUGCAAUCUUUGCUGUGAUUGGACAAUGGGCACUAUUCCACUUAUCGAAGGUUUCUACGACAUUCGCAACAUAACAACUUUAGUUACAUUCUUAGGUUUAUUUACCAUAGGUUUGAAUGGAAUUAUAACGAAAAAUCAAGCUCAUUCGAAAAUAAUUAUAAUGAGUUUGGCAUGGAUGUGUUUUCCAUUUUUACCUGCAUCGAAUCUCUUCUUUCCGGUUGGUUUUGUAGUUGCUGAACGAGUUCUCUAUAUGCCUUCAAUGGGAUUCUGUAUGCUUCUUGCCUAUGGAUUAUAUAAUAUUUCAACUAAAAACAAACGUUUUGCCGAAGUCAUUUUGUGUGUUUUAUUAUUAUGUCAUGGUUUUAAAACUUUUACCAGAAAUAAGGACUGGCAAACAGAAUAUUCGCUUUUUAUGUCUGGACUCAAAGUGAACAGUCGAAAUGCAAAACUUUUCAACAACGUCGGUCAUGCUUUAGAAAACGAAGGAAAGUAUUUGGAUGCUCUUAUCUAUUUUCAAAAAGCCGUGACCAUACAGGGAGAUGAUAUUGGAGCUUAUAUAAAUGUGGGAAGGACUUACAACCACUUGAAGAUGUACAAAGAAGCAGAGGAAUCUUAUUUAAAGGCAAAAAGUCUUUUCCCCAAAGUCAAGCCGGGCGAAUCAUACCAAGCUCGAAUUGCUCCGAAUCACCUAAAUGUUUUCAUAAAUUUAGCGAAUUUGAUAUCUAAAAACCAAACACGGCUUGAAGAAGCGGAUCAUUUAUACAAACAAGCGAUAAGUAUGAGAGCGGAUUAUGUCCAGGCAUACAUCAACCGAGGGGAUAUAUUAAUGAAACUGAACAAAACAAACGAAGCACAAGAGGUUUACGAGAAGGCCCUGCUAUACGACAAUGAAAAUGCGGAUAUAUACUAUAAUCUAGGUGUGGUUUUCCUGGAACAGGGAAAAUCUUCCCAAGCAAACGUUUAUUUCAAUAAAGCUAUAGAACUGGCUCCAGAUCAUGAACAGGCUCUACUUAACUCUGCUAUUCUUUUGCAGGAGCUUGGUGGAAAGGAAUACAGAACAAUUUCGCGAGAAAGACUUUUUAAGAUCCUCAAAAAGGACCAAAACAACGAACGUGUUUUUUUCAAUCUCGGAAUGCUCGCAAUGGAUGAGAACAAUUUUGAAGACGCAGAAAAUUAUUUUAAGCGAGCUAUUCACAUAAAAACCGAUUUUCGUAGUGCUCUAUUUAAUUUAGCCUUGAUGCUGGCCGAUGCUAAUCGUCCUCUUGACGCAGUGCCCUUUCUCAAUCAAUUAAUUCGCUAUCAUCCAGAUCACAUAAAGGGCUUGAUUCUUCUCGGUGACAUCUAUAUAAAUCACAUGAAAGACUUAGAUGCAGCUGAAAUUUGUUAUCGCAGUAUACUUCGUUACGAGCCCCACAAUAUUCAAGGGCUUCACAAUUUGUGUGUUGUUUUCGUCGAAAGAAAGAAACUUGCAAAAGCAAUGAAUUGUCUAAAUUAUGUUCAUCAUAUGGCACCUGCAGAAGAAUACAUCUUAAAACAUUUGAAAAUUGUUCAAGUGCGUUUGGCAAAAAUUAAAAAACUCCCUGAUUCAUUGCCGGAGAAACAGCUUGCUUUAUCCGAUAACGAUUCAGAUGAGUUUAGCUUGCAGAAUUUGACAGCCGCUCCAUCAACGAACCUAUCUUCAAAUUCAAAACCAGCCAGACCAUCAUUAUAGCACAUGAUUAGGAGAAAAUAAAAAAUUCAUAAGGCUUUAUGCGGCCUGCUGCUUGCCUCUGUCCUCUGUGAAAUAAUCAAAUCUGUAAUAUAUCCCAUUAAUCGUAAAUUUUCCAUUCCAUGUGAGACUUCAAGUACUUAUUAACUUAUUCGAAAUUAUUAGAAUCAAAUUUUAAUGUAAAAUAUUGUAGACAAAUGUUUUCCACUGUUUUACAGCUAUGUUCAUCGUGUUAUAAGUCAUUUUUAAAUAUUUUUUAGGCACUUAAUUAAUAAUGUAAUUUAAAAUUAAAUUUGUUUCGAUACUGUUGGUUUUAAAAUAUUAUAUUUAUUGGGCGAAUGGAGUAAAGAUAUUUGUUGUAGUAAUAUACUAGUGUUUAUAAACACUUAUGAUAUAUUAUAUUAUUAUAUACGUAAGUUCUUAAUGUCUAAGAAUAACAAUAUUUUAUUUUAAUAACUGUUCUAAUUUAAAAUUUAUUGAAUAUAAUUAUACACAAAAAUUGAAGUAAAGAAAAUAUAAAA